GCUGCCAUAACCGAGAAUUUAGCACAACGAGAAAAACAUUCAAACGAAAAAGAAGUGAAAUUUUUUGCUAGUCACACUCGCCUUUAAUUUCAAGUAACUCAUAGAUUUAAUCGAGUGCUGUGUUCUUUGCUAAAAAUAAGAAAAAAUUUCCAAACACAGUUUGGUCGAACCUGAACCAACAAAAAUGUAACAAAGUGAUAUGCGGAUUUAAUUCCUCAUAAGUGUUUACCAUAAAAGGUCUGGCUGACAUUGAAAGCAGGUUGUAUUUUUUACAUUUGUUCCUUUUGUGAGCGAAAAGCAUGGCGAAAAAUGACUCCAGAAGCUAUGAUACACUGACCAAUCAGGAUACGAAUCCUUUUAAUGACACAUCUAAACGAUCGCCUACCAUCGAUGAGGAGGAAACACCUCAGAACAGUGGACUGGUGAUCCAUGUCGUACCGGAAACUAACAAAGCGCGAUGGAACCAUAUCGAAGAUCUCGAUUCAUUCUUCACUCGGGUCUACUGCUAUCACCAAAAGCACGGAUUCUACGUGAUGAUGCUUCAAAAAGUGUUCGAAUUGUUUCAGUUUAUGUUCGUGGUUCUGCUCAUUACCUACAUGAUCAAUUGCAUUGAUUAUGCUGUGUUGUUCAAUGACAAAAAAUUGAAUCACACUAAAAUCACUCUUUCGGAUGCCAUGGAGACUCCAUCGCAAUGUGUUCAAAGUUUAGGGGCUGUUGAUUGGUUGGUUUUGGUAUUAGCUGGCUUGUUUUGGACGUUUCGAUUGUUCAAAUUCUUCUACCAUUUCGUUCAGUUUUGGGACAUCAAAUUGUUCUUCAAUACGGCACUAAAGAUUGAUGAUCCUGAUCUGGACAACCUUACCUGGCAUGAGGUUCAAAAACGGAUACGAGAGGUACAAUCGGAAAUUCAGAUGAGCAUCAACAAAGAACAGCUGACUGAACUUGAUAUUUAUCAUCGAAUUUUGAGAUUUAAAAACUAUAUGGUAGCAAUGAUGAACAAAUCACUUCUUCCAUCAACAAUCCAACUGCCAUUGCUAGGAAAUGUUGUUUGUUUAAGCCAAGCUUUACGCUACAAUGUAGGGUUGAUUUUAUUCUGGGGACCUUGGGCACCGUUUGAAAACAACUGGCACUUGCGAGAGGAGUUCAAACGGUCCAAUAGACGAAUUGAGCUGGCAAACCGAUUGUCCAAUCAGAUCUUUUGGGUAGCAAUUACUAACUUCGUUCUGUCUCCGUUCAUCUUUCUCUGUCAGUUGAUGUACUUUUUCUUUAAUUAUGUUGACUUGAUCAAAAAGGCACCCGGUACGCUAGGUAUUCGCUGUUGGUCACAGUAUGGCAAGUUGCAUCUGCGCCAUUUCAACGAACUGGACCACGAAUUGGAAGCGCGGUUGACACGAGCCUACAGGCCAGCAGUUAAGUACAUGAAUUCAUUCUCGUCCCCAUUGCUUACGGUCUUCGCCAGGAACAUAGCAUUCGUUUGUGGUGGCGUUGCUUCGUUGAUAUUUCUGCUGGCUGUGUAUGACGAGGAUGUCUUACAAGUGCAGCAUGUGUUCACCAUAUUUACGGUUCUCGGGGCUGCCAGCGUGAUUUCUAGAUCAAUGAUUCCCGACGAAAAUAUGAUUUGGUGUCCCGAGCAACUGUUGCGAAAUGUCCUGGCUCACGUACACUAUUUACCGGCGUCCUGGCGUGGCUAUGCCCACACUUCCGUUGUUCGAGAUCACUUUGAACAGUUCUUCCAACUGAAAGUGAUGUACAUUCUGAACGAACUAUUCAGUCCCUUCGUGGCGCCAUUUGUGCUACUGUUUGUGCUGAAACCAAAAGCCAUCGAUCUUGUGGACUUUUUCCGGAACUUCACGGUCGAUGUCGUCGGAGUGGGUGACGUUUGUUCAUUCGCUCAGAUGGAUGUUAGAAAGCACGGCAAUCCCGACUGGCAGAUCACUAACAGUGCCAUCGCAAAGGAUUCGAACGAAGCUGUCGAUACUCCGAUUAUCGAUAACAAUCAGUACACGCAGGGUGAACAUGGUAAAACGGAACUCUCGCUGGUACACUUUACGCUUACAAACCCUACGUGGCAGAUGCCUCCGGAAGCUCGUCACUUUGUGCAGGGCAUCAAACGACAUGCUCUGCAAGAUCUUAAUCGACAGCGAGGAAUGCUGUAUGGAACUACUACGGCAGGCAACGCCAUGACACAGAGUCUGCUUUCAAUGGAAAGCCUCGGCGAACAGUACCAAUCGAUCAUUCAUCCUAUUUUACAAACUCGCCAUCUGUCGAACUCACAGCAGCUCGGUUUGUCGAUGAAUUUGGGUGGUGGUUUUGCCUCGCCUCCCCCAGGGUCAGUUCCUCAACAAAAUCUGCAGCAGUCGACUGCGGGACAGUCACACUAUCAGUACAAUUCUCCCACGUCGUUCGAUUUCGAACGAAUGCUGCAGCAGAAUCUCACCGACGCCAGCACUGCAGCUCCACUGAGAAGUACUUUCCUGCACGACAUCAACGAAAACGACGAUGACGAGAAUGGGUUGGGCACUGCGGCAAGUCAAAUUCACUUAUCUAGUCCACCACCAAUCGAAGGGGGAGGCCCCAGCGGAUUGGAUCCUAGGACAUCCAUGAGCUUCAGCACCCGGGGUGGCAUGAGUAGAAGAGAAGGCCCUGCGGAAGGAUCCCGAACCGGAUUACUAUCUAGCAUAUGCGGAGACGUCACUGCUUCUCUUACCACUCCACACGAAGUAACGGCGGCGGACAUGUGUCUUAGCACUUUGUACCUUCAUGAGUUGCAUCACAAUCAUAUGCGACGACGCGGUGGCAGCUUACGCACUGAACAAAGUCAACGGCAACUAUGGCAACGACCCCAUCAGCAGCAGUCUCCUUCGGUCAUCCUACCGGGGGCCAGUAGCUCUUCUACGGGUAGCAAUACGGCAGCCGAACGUACCCCACUACUGGGUAACAAAAAGUCAUAGCAACGGGCCGAAUGGGUCUAGCGAGAGGGAUAUUUUCUGUGCUGAGACUAGUUUCUGUCUGGCUUUUUUAAUAAUAGUUUUAGGAAACUGACAAAGUGAUACCAACGACACAAUUGGCCUAGACAUUGCCGGUUGUGUUUUAUAAGGACAUAUUAAAUGUCCCGAUUCGUAAGAGAUGACAAAAAGCUCAUCUCACUGAAUGUUCCACAAGCGUAAAUGUUCGAAUCGUGAUUAGUGUUUAGUUAGACAAACUUUUCCUUUUUUUAAUUGAAAUUACUUAUCCGUACAUCGGCUGAUGUGUGAAGUGUAAAUUACCGUGCAAGCAAUUGACGAAGUUUUAUUGAGCUACAAUACACAUCUGUACAGAAGGAUUAAAUAAACUGGAACUUUGAGCAGAUUUACACAAUAUAUCUAUAGAGCGCUUUCCCGUUGAGCCUCGUUCAAAGGUCGAUGGCAAACCUUUGCGGGUUACAGAAGCAUUGUAAACACUUUUGUAAAUACUCAAACUAUUUUCAGCAUCUACAAGUGACAAAACCAUCUACGGUAAAUAAACUAUUUUGAAUUUAAAA